GUUUUGAUCUUUUUGUAGUUUUUGUUGAUAUUGAAAACGGCGAAUUAUCAAGAAGAAAUAUUUUUUAAGAUUUCAUAAAUACUACUACUAUUACUAAAGUAUUAUGAGUGUGGACGUUUUAAAAAGAUCCCCCAUGAAAACCAAGGAAAUAGAAAAUGGUGCGGAGCCAUCAGCUCCAAUCACUAAAAAGGGAAUACUCACAUCAUUCCAGACUGGCAAAACAAUGAAUAUCCCAGAAGCUGAUGUUCUGGGACGUUGUAGGUUUGUUUCUGAAUUUGAGAAGCUAAACAGAAUCGGUGAAGGAACAUAUGGCAUUGUUUAUAGAGCAAAAGAUACUGUUUCAGAGAAAAUAGUAGCUUUGAAAAAAGUUCGAAUGGACUUGGAAAGAGAUGGUAUACCAGUAAGCAGCUUACGUGAAAUCCAAGUAUUAUUAAAUUGCAGACAUGAAAAUAUAGUGCACUUGAAAGAGGUUGUUGUUGGAAGAAGUUUAGAAAGUAUUUUUCUGUCCAUGGAAUAUUGUGAACAAGAUUUGGCUUCAUUGCUAGACAACAUGCAGGCACCUUUCACUGAGUCACAAGUGAAAUGUAUAAUGCUCCAAGUAUUGAGAGGACUGAGGUACCUGCAUCACAACUUUGUUGUCCACAGAGAUCUCAAAGUAUCCAAUCUACUGAUGACUGACAAAGGAUGUGUCAAAAUAGCUGAUUUUGGUUUGGCUAGAUGGUUUGGAGUCCCUCUCAAACCAAUGACUCCACAUGUAGUGACCUUAUGGUAUAGGGCUCCAGAACUGCUCCUGCAGGCUCCUACUCAAACUACCAGUGUUGAUAUGUGGGCUGCUGGGUGCAUUUUGGGGGAGCUAUUGGGGCACAAGCCUCUUCUACCUGGAAGAUCAGAAAUUCAACAGCUUGAACUCAUUGUAGAUCUGUUAGGUACACCAUCUGAUGCGAUUUGGCCAGGUUUCAGCGAACUUCCCGCCUUGCAAAACUACACGUUGAAACAGCAGCCCUACAACAAUCUGAAACAGCGUUUCCCUUGGCUGUCGGCCGCAGGGCUCCGUCUCUUGAAUUUCCUGUUCAUGUAUGAUCCCCGCAAGAGGGCCACCGCCGAGGAAUGUCUGCAGAGCAGCUACUUCAAAGAACCACCUCAGCCAUGUGAUCCGAAAUUGAUGCCGACCUUCCCUCAUCACAGAAACAUUAAGGGGCCCAAACCGACUGUACCAGAGCCCACAAAUACAGGGGCCGGUGACCAGACGAAUAACUUGCCCGCAAUUUCGGAUUUGUUGGGAUCGAUAGUGAAGAAGAGGAGGAUUGAGUGAUGAUUUUCGAAGAGGAAAAUGAUUCAUACUAAUCAUUGACAUUCAUAAUAAUUUUUAUAGUCUUAGAUUUUUUGAUGUGGUAUUACUGUAAGAGUUUUGUGAUAUUCACGAAAGAAUAAGAAAAUAAAUUGAAACAUUUCCAGUUGGAUAAGAUCCUCUAGAUAAAGGAUAUAUCCGGAUCUUGUGAUUUCUGGAUUGAGUCAUAAACCCGUGGUCCAAAGAUGAAGUAUUGAAUACUCCUCAAUCCCUACUAAUAUUAUAAAUGUGAAUGUAUAAACAGGUAUAAGUUUGUUUGUCAUGUUUUCACGCCAAAAUUACUCAACUGGUUAUCAUGAAACUUUGUAUACAUAUUUUUGAAUGUAUUAGAAAAGGCAUAGGAUUCUCUAUCAAGCUUUUCAUAAAAAAAUACAUCAGGUGAAAAAUCUCUGACAUGAUUGUUGGACACGAAAUAUACAACAAUCAGACAUGAAACUCUAUACGUCGGUACCUUAGAUAUUAAUUAUUAGAAUGCGUCUUCUGGGACUCCUAUGUCUUGAAGUAUUUAGAUGAAAUGAAAAUGACAUAUCUAACCUAACAUCAGGUGGGCACUUCGAAGGCGCAAAUUCAUUACUGCAUGGAAGGUGUCC